AUGGACGAGGAGCCCGUGAGGGAUGGAUUUAAUCAGUCGUCUUCAUUAUUCGGAGGACAUUUGAGCUGGACAAAAAGAGAGGAGAGUUUCAAACUCAAUUCCUCUAUGAAGGUCCAAUGUGGAUUUAUGCGUAAUGGUGGUGGUGAAAUGGAUCCUGUGGAUAUCGAAUAUGCCAAGAAAUGUAGGUUUGUGGUUGUGUCUGCAAUUUUUGGUCAAAAUGAUGUACCUCGUCAGCCUUCAAGUCUAAGCCACCGCUCUAAGAAGCGCUUCUGUUUUCUUAUGGUGGUGGAUGAAGUGUCUCUAAAUUUCAUAGAGGAAAACAAUUUUGUGAGACAGGACUAUAAUGGGGGACGGUGGAUUGGUAUCUGGCGUCUUGUUCUACUGAAGCAUCCACCUUAUGAUGACCCCAGCAGGAAUGAGAAAGUUCCCAAGAUCUUAACCCACAGAUUAUUUCCUCAAGCACAAUACAGCAUCUGGAUUGAUGGUAAAAUAGAGCUGAUGGCUGAUCCAUUACAACUUCUCGACAGAUAUUUAUGGGUUGGGAAGAACACGUUUGCUAUUGCUGAGCACAAAUGUCAUCCAAGCAUAUACGACGAGGCUGAACAUAUCAAACUGCAGAAAAGAUAUGCUCGACCCUUCAUCGAUCUCCAAAUGAAAAUAUACUAUUACGAGGGAAUGAAGCCAUGGAGUUCAAAGAAUACUACCAUUAGUGGUAAGAACAAGAACAUAAAUUUCGAGUUCAAAUGA